UUGUGCAGUAGGGUGGAGUGACGGAGCGUCUCCUAUGAGGUUUGACUGCUGUUUGCGCAACUGUCGGUGGAGAGCGCAGUCUGACAUCGCUGGGAGGAAAAUGUCCUGUUGGUUGAGGGAACAGACUUUGUUGCUGGCAGAAGAUUACAUCAGCUUCUGCAGUGGGAUCCAACAGACGCCUCCCAGCGAGUCAGCAGAGGCCAUGAGAUACCUGGCCAAAGAGAUGGAACAGCAGCACAGAACCAAAUUCAGAUCCCUCUCCCAGGAGUUCCUGGACACCUGCGGAUCAGAUCCCAGCAAGUGUCUGCAGCGCGUCAUGAGGGAACUGGUGGGAGAUGGGAAACUGAACUGGGGGAGGGUGGUUUCCAUCUUUACUUUCACUGGAGUGCUGGCCAGUGAGCUACUGUCCAGGGGAGAGAAUUCCGACUGCUCCCGGAGAUUGGCUGAGACCAUUGCUGACUACCUUGGAGGGGAAAAACAGGACUGGCUGGUGGAAAACGGAGGCUGGGAGGGUUUCUGCACGUUUUUCCACAACGCAAGACAGCUGAACCAAGAGUCCUCGAUGAAGACAGCACUGUUUGCAGCAGCAGGAGUGGGUUUAGCUGGUCUAACCUUUCUCUUAGUACGCUGAUGAUUUUAGGAUUUCUCUCUCUCUCUCUUUCACACACAGCACACCUGCUUUCUGUCAUAUGG